UGUUACGUUUGACGUUUUCUUCUUYUCUUGGUCCGGGUUUGUUGCGUUUCGGUUGUUUUGUUCAUGAGAACAUACAAAUUGAUCGUCAGGCAAAAACCGAAGUGGAAAGACAUCGAACAGAAUUGCGAUCUGCCAUGACGGCCAAACGUGCAGCUCUCAUCACCGACUCCUACAAGGUGGUAAAGAGAUCCAGGAGAGAGGAGAAGAGAGAGAAGAGGGCCCCAUCGCCUCCCCAGAAGGACACUGAGCCGCGCCCCCUCACGGCUAGAGAGAUAGAGUUGCAGGAGCUGAGGCAGUUUGACCAGGACUGGCGGUAUGGACCCUGUACAGGUAUCAGUCGCUUGCAGCGGUGGGAGAGAGCUGCACAGCAUGGGUUAAACCCCCCUCAGGAGAUCAGAGAUAUGCUGCUUAGCGCAGACACAGACUCGGACUACACACACUGCCUGUGGAGUGACUAUCCAUUGUGAGAAGAAAAAAAGUGGAGAGACAGAGAAGAUCAAAGUGAAAAUUCCAAAGUUCAUGUGGUUUUGCUUUUGUUCAGUUUGGGUUUGACUGCUAACCAUCACACUACACUUUUUUAAAUUAAAAUACCCUUUUCUACCCAAA